AUGGACAAUAUUUUAGCAGAAAAUAGAGUUUUAAGAAGAUUAGCUAAAGUGUCAGAAAAUUAUGGGUUUAAUUUGGAAGAAAUUAAAAUAGCAGAAAAAUAAAAAAUAGAAGACUAUAAAGCUUAAGUUAGAUAUUUAGAAAAAGAAGUAGAAGAAUUAGAAGGUGAAAGAAUGUAAUUAAGAAAUAGACUAAGAAUACUUUCUAAUAUAUAUGAUUAGAAUCCUAGAGGAGAUAGAUAUUUAGGACUGACUUAAAAUGAAUUAUAAUAAGUUGAUGAAUUUGUUGCUAAUUUAAAAAAUAAAAUUCGAGUAAAGGUUACUUAAGAUGACACAAAAACUUAAUUAAUUAAAUAAAUAAAAGAACUUGAAGAUCAAGUAAGAAGAUGUUAAAUUGAACAUGUAGAAAGAGAAAAAGAUACUGAUAAAUAAAAACGAAAAAAUAAAAAUUUUAAUGAUAAAGAUAUAUAAUUAAUUUUAGAAUAAAAUAACGAAUUAAAGAAAGCGUUAGAACAAAUAACAUAAUAAUUAUCUUAAUUAUAAAGUAAUAAAUCGAUAACAUAAAACAAACCAAGUAUAGAUUCAGAAAAUAAUGAAUUAGAUAUAAAUAAUAAAGGAUAUCCUAUAUAUUUAUAACAUUUAGCCAAACCACCUUAACCAUUGCCUGGUGCUCUUGGGAAUUGGGAUGAUAUAUCCUAAGUAAGAAGUUAUAAAUUCAAACAAAAUAUUCCUCCAGAAAUAUUCGAAUUAUAUAGUGAAGGAGGGUUCAAUUAGACUUUAGCGAAAUAUUAAAUAGCAUAACUAUAAGUAAUGAAUAUCGAAAUAAUAAAAUUAUUAACAGAAAAAGAGAAAGAAUAUAAUAUUUUAUAGUCAGAAUCAGAAGAAAUGAAAAAUUAAUUAACAAAAUGUCUUCUUAUAUAGGAUAAUCUAUAUGAAAAACACUAUGAAGUGAAAAGUAAAUUAGAUGAAAAAGUUAAAAUUAUGGAAAAUUAAUUAAAUGAUAAAACUUGUGAAAUUUAAAGACUAAACGAAGAACUUUAUGAAUACAAAAAUAUUAAUUAAAUUUCAUAAAAUAAUGAUAGAGAUAAAUUAAAAUAAAAACUUGCUGAAAUGACAUAAAAAACAUCAAUUUUAGAUGUUAAUUUAAUAAAAAUUUCGAGAAAAUAUUCUUGUUUAAAAGAUGAAUAUAUUGAAAUUUCAGAAGCUUAUAAGAAUUAUAGCGCCGAGUUUUGCAAAAAAGAAACUAUCUUGAUUGAAAAAAUAUAAGGUUUAGUUGAAUGGAAAAAGAAAUCUUAACAUUAUUUAAAAACCUUGCUUUAAGAAGUUUAAGAUUCUGUACAUAAAUCUCGAUUUAAUAUAUUAAGGAAUAAAUUCGAUAAAUAAUAAGAUGAAUUAGCUAAUAUAAAAGAAAAAAAUACACAAUUGUUAUCUGAAAUACAUAAAUUAAAAAAUUCUGAAAGAAUGUUGUUUGAAAAAAACUAAAAAAUAAGAAUUUUAGAAGAUGAAACAUUAGAAAUAUAACUAGAAUUAUAAAUGACAAAAAAAAUGUUAGAAAUAAUAGACCCUCAUUAUAAAAAAUAUUUAAUCUCAUAUUAAAAAUUAGUUGAUAUAAUGAUAAAUAAAAGCAUUUCUCCAACAUAAAUUUUCUAAUAAAUUGAUGACAAUAGAGAUGGAUUUUUAGGUCCUUAGGAAUUUUUAUAAGCUAUGAGAAAUUUAAAAGUUGAUUUUAAUUAAUAAGAAGUUGAAAUAUUAUUUAAAUUUAUGGAUUUUGAUGGAAGUAAUAAGAUUGAAUUAAAGAAUUUACUAGGAAAUUAAGAAGAUCAGGCGUUACUAUAAGAAAAUCCUAAGAAUAGUUAAUUUAUGAUUUAUGGGAAAAAAUUUAAUAAGCUGGACUUAGUUUAGGUGAAACUUUUAAAGCAUUCGACAAAGAUGGUAGUGGAGAAGUUACUAAAGAAGAAACAUGAAGAAACAGUUUCUUAUGUCUUCCAUAUGGCUGAUACUUCUGGAGAUGGAAAAAUUACUUACAGUGAAUUUCAUUCUCUUUUUGAAAAUAUUAUAUCUGAUGUUAUGAGAUAAUAAUUACUUAUGACUGCAGAAGAUUUAAGUUGGUAAAAGAAAGUUAUUUUAAAAAUAGAUGAAGCAAUACAUUCAUAAGGUUAAUAUAUAAAAGAUUUAUAUUAGUUAUUAGAUAAUAAUGAUGACGAUGAAAUCGAUUUUAUAGAGUUUAAAUCCCUUUUUGUUAAACUUUAAUUAAAUGUUUAAGAUGAAGAAUUAAGACAAUUAUUUGCUGAUAUAGAUAUUGAUAGUAAUGGUAGUAUAGAAUAUAAUGAAUUAAUAAAUUAUAUACGAAGUGCGAAAGUAGAAAAGAUGAAAAUUGAAAAAAUGAAAAGAGUAGGUGCUAAAAUAGACGCUAUGUAAAAAUAAGGACAACUAAGAGAAUUAGAUACUUAAGAUAUAUAAAAUUUACCAAAGGAAGCUCGCUUGGAAUUAAAAAUUAAUCUCUUAGAAAUAAAAGAUAAAAACUUAAAUAGUAGAUGUGAUAUACUUAUGUAUUAAUUAAAUUUAACAGAAAAAAUGAAUGCUAAACUAAAUUUAUAAUUAAAAGAUAGAGAAAAUGAAAUAAUAUUAUAAAUAAAAAAGUAUAAUGAAUUAUAAAAACUUUAUCAUAGAGCUUAAAAUACGUUAGAAGGAUGUGAAACAAAAUAAAUGAGUAAAUAAAUACAUAAAAUAAACAAAAGAUUAUAAAAAGAAGCUAUGGAAUUAAGAGUUUAAAAUAAAAAUUUAAAAAACCUUCACGAAUUUGCCAGUAAUUAAGUAAAAGAAUUAUUAAUAUCAAAUGAAAGAAAAAAAUUUGAAACAGAAUCUUUAUAAGAAACAAUUAAAGAAUUAUAAUCUACUUCUGAUGAAAAGGCUAUUGUCGGUAAAUUAUAGCAUUCUUUAAUGAUUGCGAAAUACAAUUAAUCUCAAACUAAUAUAAAAUACGAUAAUUUAAUACAUGAUUUAGAAAAAUAUUAAUAAUAAUUACAAAUUACAGAAUUUGAAUUAAAUGAGGCUAAUUAAGAUUCAAUUGAAUCUCGAGAAGUUUUAAGGUAAAAAAUUUACGAUUAUGAAGAUAAUAUUACAGAUUUAAGAAAUAAAAUACUACCAACUAUUACUAUGUCAAAAAUAGAUGAUAUGUAUAGAAGAAUAAAUGAAUUAUCUUCUGUAAAAACUGACUUAGAAAUUUAAAAUAAAAAAUUAAGAGAUGAUAAUCAUGAAUUAGCAAUAAAAUGUGAUUAUUUUGAAGCUUUAGAGUAAUAAUUUGACGAAUUAAAAAAUGAUUUAAAAACAAAAUACAGCGAUUAGUUAUAAUAGAGAGUAAUAGAGUUAUCUUUAUAAGUAUCAGAGUAAAAACUGAUGGAAAUGAAGGCUAAAAGAGACUAGGAAAUCGCAAAAGAAAAAGAAGAAUAUUAUUAAAGAAUUACGCGAUAACAUCUAGAACAUGUGAAAGCUUUGGAAUAAGAAUCAGAACUUACAAAUAAAAAGUUUAAUGAAAGAGAAUAGUUUUGGAGGUAAAAACAUUAAGAAGCAAUGAAUUUAGUUAUGAAUGAUAAAGAAAUGAAAGAAAAAGAUAAAAAUGAUGAUCCAAUAUAUAGAUUAAGAAGAUAAGCAGGAAAAACAAAUAAAAUAAUAGGAACUGUUUAGUUAAAUAAUACUUAAGAAAAUGCAAAAGAAAAAAAUCAAAAAGAAUACUAAAAUACAGUAAUGCAUAAAGGAGUUAAGUAUAUAAAUGAAUUAGAAGCAGAAGAUAAUGAAAAUUAAGAAAAUAUUUAAAAUCUAAAAAAAGAAAUAGAAGUAUAUAAAGAAAGAUAAACAAGUUUAUAUCAAGAAAUAGAUAGAUUAAAAGAAUUUGUAAAUUAAUUAAAAAAUGAAUAAAAUAAUAAAAAAUAUAAUUUUAUAAAUGAAGAUAGUUAAAAAAUAGCUUUAGCUGCUUAAAAAACUAUCAGUACUUUAUAAGGUCUUAUAGAUGAUAAAAAUUACGAAAUUGAAAGAAAAGAUUUACUUAUUGAAAAAAUGAAAAGAGAUUUUAGAUAAGAAAAAGAAAAAGAUUCAGCUGAAAUUCGAAAACUUUUAAUGUAGGCAUGUUCUACAUCAGGUUCUAGAAAUGAUAUAUAAAAUAAUAAUAGUUUCUUUUCAAAAAAUGAUGAAGAAAACUAUAAAUCUAAAAAUAAUUUAGAAAGUUAAGUUGAUUAAUUAUCAAUUAAAUGUAAGCUUUAACAAAAAACAAUAGAUGAGCUUGAAGUUCUUGUAAAAAGAUUAGAAGAUGAACUAAUAAUUUCAAGAUAAAACCAUAAAGUUUAAGAUCUAGAAGAUUAAGUAAAGGCUUUAUAAAAAUUACUAAAAGAAAAUAAUAGAAUUAUUCAAGAUUUGAAGAAAUAGAAAGAAGCUUUAUAAAUCUGA